UUUGCCAAGACAUUUGAAUUCAUUUUGAUAUCCUUGAAAUUCAAAAAUUUCUGCUCCUUUCAAAUAUUAUGAUUUAGUAUAAAUAUUUUCUUUCAAAAUUAUUGGUGGGAAAAGUGCAUUUGAAGCGUUUGGAAAUUUCGUAAAUAUUCGGUAUAAAAGAACGAUUGCACAACAGCAGCAGCAGCAAGAGCCGCAUUAGCAGCAAGCAGCAAGCAGCAGCCAACCAAAUAGCCGCAGCAAUAAUGUUGCUAGUGAAAAAACUUUUAACUAAAUUCAACGAGCAUUUUCCCAAGUUUGUUUUGAAAAAUUAGUCGUAUAUUUUCUUUGCUAUUUUGAUAGUUCAGCAAGCAAAAGGAAAAAAUCCACAAAAUUUUUCAAAAAAAUUCGUCCUUUAAAUUAGCAAUGAAUUAUAAUCGUCGCAGGAACAUAUUUACUUUGGGCGAUUAUCAUCAGUAUCCAAAUCCAACACAUCAAAUUAAGGCACAACAGAAUCGACGCCAAAAUUCCGAUCCCUUUGAACGUGAUCCCUUUAAAAUCCAAUCGUAUAAUUUCCGUUACGCCGAGCGUCCCUCAUAUCCGCUACCGAAUUUGUACAACAAUCGUGUACAUCCAUCGCCCUCGUCGUCGAACAAACGUUUUGAGACAUUCUUCUACAAUUAUGACUUCACUCCUUCUGUGCAUGACAAAGAGAAUCCUCCAACAAACAAAUUUCGCGAAUUUCGUCGCCGAAAAUUCCUGCUGGAACAGCAACAGCAACAUCCAGCCGCAGCAGCAGCAGCAGCAGCAGGAGGAGCUCAACUCGCUGCCGCAUCAAAUAGUCGAGAGUCGUCGACAUUGCCACCAGCGCACAUGUGUCAGCAAUUGCAUCCAAUCGCCAAUGCGACCGUGUAUGCACGUGUCGGCACAAGCGCCAGUCAAACAGCCAUUGCGUCGGCCGCUAGGACAGCUGCAGCAACAGCAGCAGUCACAGCCCCAACACAUGCCGCUGGCCGUGCGAGCCAAUCCCGGCUUGGUUACGACCGUUUGCGCAGCGGCCAACUCGAAAGCGGUGGCGGCGGUCGACAUUACCAAACACUUUGCAGUGCCACAGAUACGAGCAGCAUCGGCACAGCUGCCGGACUGCGUUAUGGACGUGACAAUAUCAGCACCACGUCGCACAUGUCCGGGCACAACAACAAGUAUGGUCGCAAAGCGACUGCACGCUCUACUGGGAACCGAGAAUAUUUACGCGCGCUCGCCACCGCGCACAUCAAUGAGUCGGCCAACCAACCAAACUUCCUUGGUCGGGGACGUUGCAGCAGCCGCACGUCACUUGAACGCGGACGGCGGCCACGUAUUGAAUCCAUGGGUAACGGGCACGGGUUUACGCAAGCUAACAGCAGCGUUGACUCCAGUCAAGGCAACGCAAAGACCGCUGGCUUUCGCGAAUUGUCAAGCGCAGGAACGUCACCGUCGAAAUAUGCGCGACAACCCUUACAGACCGUACGCUCAGCUUCCCCGAAUCGGGUAACUGCCACGGUGGAGAAGACGGAGGGCGCUUGCUCUGUCUGUCAGAUAAAUAUCAAUAUAAAAGGUUUGGACUCAACGCAGCUGGGCGAUAAUGUCGUGAUCAAAAUUGAGUCCGACAAAUUGACACCGAGUAAAACGAAUACCAAAACCGAACAUACGCCCGUGGUCAGUACAUUGAAUAAUAUUUACAACGGUACCGGUUGUACGCAGCGUAAUGAUGUCGCCAUUGCAAAGUUGGUGGAAAUCAAACGUAACUCCGAAAUGAAUCACAAUCUCGACAUUAAGCCGAAAGCAGCCGCGCACCAGCCGAGAACAGCUAUGCGUAAUACCUCAUCCUCAUCAUUUGUAAUCGACAAACGGCUCUCUAAGUUUGCGCUGAACUCAACGGAUGAAUGUGGGCAGCGUAGUAAGCACAAACCACGUAGCUCCUCACAUUCCCGCAUACCGCUAACAACAUCCACUACACGUGCGUUGGGUUUCACCAGCUCCAAUACUGCACUACGCAAUUCCAAUAGCACCGAAGUGAUACAACGCGCGCCGCGUAGUAUAUCCAAAGAACGUAUGCCGAGCAUGGUACCCUGGUGCUUAGACACCACACUACGUCAUGGGUUUGCACAACAAAAUGACGACGAUGAUGCGAAACCACUGCCGCCCGUACAGCCCAUGCCAGUAGUGAAACCCUCAAGACCCUCGUAUGAUACAACACUCAACGAUGUGCGCAAAAUGCGUCGUCAAGCGGUUGUUGCCGCAUACAAGCCGUUUUGUGUACAACAUACUUCCUUGGGUUCCACAUUGCGUGCGCGUAAAUCGGAAAUUUUCCCUAUAAAUACCGGUAAUAAACCCGGCAGCACAACGAUCAGCAAUGAUGCGCACAAACUGUUGGACAAAUCUCAACAAUAUCGGAAGACGGCUGGCGCGGACAGCUUGCAACAUCGGCAAUCGCAUCACUCACUGCGUGGCUCAAAAAUGAGCAAGAGUACGCUACGCUCGCAAUCGAGCUCACAAUUGGAGCUCAAACGCUCGCCCACCAUGAUUAUGCACCGCAGCCGUUCGAGCAUACGACAGCCAAACAGCGACAGUCAGAGUCAUGUCACCACACCGCUCAAUGUGAAUAUCAAUGUGUUUGCAGACAAAUUGAAAUUGCUACGUGUCUGAACAGAGAGAACCACGCCGAAAAUUGAUCCAUCAGAAAUUGUCUCAAAACCGAAAUAGAGUAGUACUUGUUCUACCAACAACUACCGGAACUAAACACGAAAUCAGAGCUUUUGAGUGCGCUUUUGGUGUUGGACGGCGCACAGUGGUUGAACUUUUGAAAUGUGUUGCGUACGCAUUGCCUUCCUGGGGGAAGUGCAGCAAGACGUUGCGCAUUUGAGGCGUUCAACUGUCGUCGCAAUUCCUAGCCAAACUUUGCGCUUUAAGUGUGCUCUUACCAUCGUACAAGCGUUGAAAUCUGAUCGGCGUAUUAACAAUAAAAUUCUAUAACCGUUAUGCAUAUGAUUAUAUGUUCCUGUUAUUUACAAAUUUAAAAAGUAACAAAAAUUCUAAAUUUCAACGAAAUUCAAAUACCACAAGCCUCAACUUGGGAUGCUGUGUCGUGAAAUUGAAAUUUACACAAAAUCCUUUGACGCCAAGAGCGGUUGUAAACGAAUUUAUAAGUAUACAAUGACAUACAUUAUAUAUUUUUACAUUUAUUUUACAAUAAUCUUUAAGUACAAAUUAUAAGAAAUCGAAAGGCUUUCGCGCUAAGCAUGGACAUAAUUAAUAAAACAAAAUUUUUGAUGGUAAAUAA